GCUCCAGCCCGUACCAACUGCGGCACGCAUUAGUACGGCUUUGCAAACUACGAAUAUCCCAAUAGUAAUGUGAGUCAUGUCCGUCUUCAAAUAUUGGUCUAUGUACUACUUGUAGAAGACCUAGCUGAAACGCUACGUGCAAGCUCCGUUUACUCAAGGUGAGUGGUACCUGCCUCGAGGAUUCAGGGUGACUUUCUUGGCGAGGACAUUUAUAUCAUAGGCACAGGCAGUGUCCCCCUGCUGGGUCUCAGUCUUCCCAUGUUCUGCUCUCACAAGCGCCGACGAAAGAUCCGCACGAAAGACUCCAUCUCGCAUCCUAUUCCAAGCAACCAUACCCCAGAAAUCCCACCAGAAAACGACGCACCCCUCUGCUCAACAUGCUCAUCCCUCGACCUCCAUGCAAUCCUUCACGACGGCGUCCCAAAAGAACACGCAAUCCUCAUCAGUCAUCUCACAGACAUCCUUAACAAAUCCAACCAAUGCGGACUGUGCAACCUCGUCGCUAUUGUCAUCCGUCGCGCGUGGAACUUGGAUAAGUUGCCUGAUAUCGACAUUUCUGAUAUUACCUGUGCGCUGUAUGCGAUGGAGUGCGGGUAUCCGAACAUUCCGGAUUAUAUCUCUCCUGUACUCAGGGAUAUCUGUCAUCGGCUGCAUAUUCAGGCUUUUGAUAGACCUCGGGAUGUUACAGCUGCCAUGGUCGCCGCACAGUCAAACCUCUUGCUGGAUAUCCAGCUCCUAUAUUAUAUAUUAAUUAAUUAG